GUUAACAAAGGGACAGAAUGGUCCCAGGGUUCUUCUUCUUCCUUCCAGUCCAGAGCUCAGAAUGGGAGUGGGCUGGGGGUGGUGGGGGGGACCCAAGCCCUCAGUUCUAGAAGGCUUCUGCCUCUGUGCCCUUUGAGCUCAGGUAGCCCCUGCCCCCCACUCUCUCUUCUUUCUCAUCCUCUCCUCUUCCUGUGUGUAAAUAUUAAAGAGCUGAGCCCGCGGGGCUGAUGUAGACAUGGGGAGAGAAUGAAAUUAAAAAGGAUUCCCUCACCCCCAUCCCAACGCCCCCUCCCUGCAGUCCCCCGCUCCAGCUUCUUCCCCUCACUCAGUGCUUCCACAUACCUCUCCUCCCCCAAGUCCAGAUGGGAGCUGGCUCCUGCAGAGAGGGGUUCAGAACAGGGUGUGGGGAGCUACCUCUCUCUGCCUCCUCCCAGCACAUCUGCCUACAGGGCCGAGAGCCCCCACGAGCCAGUGGUCCUGUGCCUGCUGAAGUUAGGAUUCUGCCUGGUGGUGGGGUCCUGAUGGCAAGGAUGGGACACCCCGGAUGGAGGUUCCUGGGGCCUGGCCCCCAACAAUAUGAAGAGCCUUUGCAGAGGCCAUGAGGGGUUACCAUGGCGACCGAGGCAGCCAUCCCCGCCCAGCCCGCUUUGCUGACCAGCAGCAUAUGGACGUGGGCCCAGCUUCCAGGGCCCCAUACCUGCUGGGCUCCAGGGAGGCCUUCUCCACCGAGCCCCGCUUCUGUGCCCCAAGAGCUGGCCUGGGACACCUUUCUCCAGAAGGGCCCCUGAGCCUGAGUGAGGGUCCAUCAUCAGUAGGCCCUGAGGGAGGCCCAGGGGGGGUGGGGGCUGGGGGAGGCAGCAGCACCUUCCCCAGGAUGUACCCCGGCCAGGGCCCCUUCGACACCUGUGAAGACUGUGUGGGCCACCCACAGGGCAAGGGUGCCACCCGCCUGCCUCCCACACUCCUGGAUCAGUUUGAAAAGCAGUUGCCAGUUCAGCAAGAUGGCUUCCACACACUCCCAUACCAGCGAGGUCCAGCAGGGCCUGGGCCUGGACCUGGAUCUGGCCCGGCCCCUGAGGCUCGCAGCGAGAGCCCCAGCCGCAUCAGGCACCUGGUUCACUCUGUGCAGAAGCUCUUUGCCAAGUCCCACUCUCUGGAGGCACCUGGGAAGCGAGACUAUAAUGGGCCCAAGGCCGAGGGAAGAGGUGGCUCUGGGGGAGACAGCUACCCUGGCCCAGGCUCUGGAGGCCCUCACACCUCCCACCACCACCAUCACCACCACCAUCACCACCACCACCAGUCUCGGCAUGGCAAACGGAGCAAGAGCAAGGACCGCAAGGGGGAUGGGCGACACCAGACCAAGGCCACAGGCUGGUGGAGCUCUGAUGACAAUCUGGACAGCGACAGUGGCUUUCCUGCGGGUGGGAGGCCCCCUGGAGAGCCUGGUGGUCCCUUCUGCCUGGAAGCUCCAGAUGGGUCCUACCGAGACUUGAGCUUCAAGGGGCGUUCGGGCGGGUCGGAAGGCCGCUGCCUUGCCUGCACUGGCAUGUCCAUGUCACUGGACGGACAGUCAGUCAAGCGAAGUGCCUGGCAUACCAUGAUGGUCAGCCAGGGCCGGGAUGGAUACCCAGGGGCCGGGCCAGGAAAGGGGCUCCUGGGUCCAGAGACCAAGGCCAAAGCCAGGACUUAUCACUAUCUGCAGGUGCCGCAAGAUGACUGGGGGGGUUACCCCACGGGUGGCAAGGAUGGGGAGAUCCCCUGCCGCAGGAUGCGGAGCGGCAGCUACAUCAAAGCCAUGGGGGAUGAGGAGAGUGGAGAUUCGGACGGUAGCCCCAAGACAUCUCCCAAAGCACUCGCCCGCCGCUUUGCCUCCCGCCGCUCUUCCAGCGUGGACACAGCCAGGAUCAACUGCUGUGUCCCACCCCGGAUCCAUCCCCGGAGUUCCAUCCCUGGCUAUAGCCGCUCCCUCACAACUGGACAGCUCAGCGAGGAGUUCAACCAGCAGCUGGAGGCCGUGUGCGGGUCCGUGUUUGGGGAGCUUGAGUCCCAGGCUGUGGACGCCCUGGACCUGCCCGGCUGUUUCCGCAUGCGGAGCCACAGCUACCUCCGGGCCAUCCAGGCCGGCUGCUCUCAAGAUGACGACUGCCUACCCCUCCUUGCUGCCCCUGCCUCUGUCUCAGGGAGGCCCGGCUCCUCCUUCAACUUUAGAAAGGCCCCGCCCCCCAUCCCGACGGGAAGCCAGGCCCCACCCCGCAUCUCCAUCACCGCCCAGAGCAGCACCGACUCUGCCCAUGAGAGCUUCACUGCAGCAGAGGGCCCAGCCCGGCGCUGUAGCUCCGCGGACGGGCUGGACGGCCCGGCCAUGGGCGCACGCACCCUCGAGUUGGCGCCGGUGCCACCCCGGGCCAGCCCCAAGCCCCCCACACUCAUCAUUAAGACUAUCCCUGGCCGGGAGGAGCUGCGGAGCCUAGCACGGCAGCGGAAGUGGCGGCCGUCCAUUGGGGUGCAGGUGGAGACAAUCUCAGACUCGGACACCGAGAACAGGAGCCGAAGAGAGUUCCACUCCAUUGGCGUUCAGGUGGAAGAGGACAAGAGGCGGGCGAGGUUCAAGCGCUCCAACAGCGUGACAGCCGGUGUGCAGGCAGACCUGGAGCUGGAGGGCUUGGCCGGCCUGGCCACCGUGGCCACAGAAGACAAGGCCCUGCAGUUCGGACGUUCCUUCCAGAGGCACGCCUCUGAGCCCCAGCCCGGGCCCCGGGCCCCCACCUACUCAGUCUUCCGCACGGUCCACACGCAGGGCCAGUGGGCCUACCGCGAGGGCUACCCACUGCCGUAUGAGCCGCCGGCCGCUGAUGGGUCGCCUGGCCCUACCCCUAUCCCCGCCCCCGGCCCCGGGUCCGGCCGCCGAGAUUCCUGGAUGGAGCGCGGCUCACGCAGCCUCCCCGACUCAGGCCGCACGUCCCCCUGCCCACGGGACGGCGAAUGGUUCAUCAAGAUGCUGCGGGCAGAGGUAGAGAAACUGGAACACUGGUGCCAGCAGAUGGAGCGUGAGGCGGAGGACUAUGAGCUGCCCGAGGAGAUCCUGGAGAAGAUUCGCAGUGCCGUGGGCAGUACACAGCUUCUCCUGUCUCAGAAGGUCCAGCAGUUCUUCAGGCUGUGUCAGCAAAGCUUGGACCCCACUGCGUUCCCUGUGCCCACCUUCCAGGACCUGGCGGGUUUCUGGGACCUCCUGCAGCUCUCCAUUGAGGAUGUGACCCUCAAGUUCCUGGAGCUACAACAACUCAAGGCCAACAGCUGGAAACUCCUGGAGCCUAAGGAGGAGAAGAAGGUCCCUCCGCCGAUACCAAAGAAGCCCUCGCGGGGGCGGGGCGUGCCGGUGAAGGAGCGCUCCCUGGACUCCGUGGACCGGCAGCGGCAGGAAGCGCGCAAGCGGCUCCUGGCGGCCAAGCGCGCCGCCUCGUUCCGCCACAGUUCGGCUACCGAGAGCGCGGACAGCAUCGAGAUCUACAUCCCCGAGGCCCAGACCAGGCUGUGACCUGCCCGGGCCGCCCAACCUUGGCCCGGGCCCGCGGUUUUCUACCCGUACUGUACACCUAGCGUCGAGGUCACUGUGAACGCGGGCUGCUCCGUGCGCCCGCCCUGCCGGCACCGCACGCCCCGGCUCCUGCCCGCCGCACUUUCGUGGGUUUUUUACCUUCCUGAUCCCACGCAAAGGCGCCCGGGCUAGGCUGGGGGCCGUGCCUCUCCGCCCAGCGCCCCUCACUUGGAAAUCCCAUCUUCCUGGUCCGACGCUUUGUCCCCAUCCUUCCCCCACUCCAUGGGCACCAUCUCUGCCAUUAUUUUACACCCCACCCCCCACGGGCCAGGCCGGGCCGGGUCCCCCAUCUGGGCUCUGCGUCCCCCCCACACCCCGCGGGGCUGGGCUUCGUGGGGAUCAAGCUUCGUGGCUUUUUAUGAAGAAUCCCGAACCCCGCCUAGGAGCCCGCCCCACCUUCCCAGGGCUCCACCCUCAGCCCUCCGCCCACAGGGCCCAGGGACCACAGUGGCUGGACCAACCCAGGACCAGGGCGCCUGGGCCGCUCCCCUUUCCCACAUCUGGGGAGGGGAGACAGGGGCUUCCCCUCACCACACCUGUGGCUGUUCCCACAUCCCUUUGACUAUCCCAGGAAAAAUAAAACCGCAGAACUGCACCGGA